AUUCAUGUUCUAAUGCUUUCUCUGUAAAUCCUUGUACUUAGUUCUCUGUCGCUCCUUCGUUCGGAUUGACGAGCAAGAAUGGCAGCCAUGGAAGGCGCGCUACAGAACCAACCUCCACAGCCCCUCCAACAGCAACAACCGCAACCGGCGGCGGUGGAGAGACUAAACGACGCCGUACAGCAGCAGCUGAACCUCAAGUCCGUCAAGGACCGAGCCACCAACCUGUUCAAAAACAUCACCCGCAUUCUCGAAGACCUCGACGGCCACGCUCGCACCAACACCACUCCCAAAUGGCAGGACCUCCUGAGCCAGUACUCCAUGGUCAACCUGGAGCUCUUCAACAUCGUCGACGAAAUCAAAAAGGUCUCCAAGGCCUUCGUGGUCUAUCCAAAGAAUGUGAACGCCGAGAACGCCGUGGUGUUGCCGGUGAUGCUUUCGUCGAAGCUCUUGCCGGAGAUGGAGGUCGAGGACAACGCCAAGAGAGAGCAGUUGCUUCUAGGGCUGCAGAGCCUCCCAAUCUCGACCCAAAUUGACAAGCUAAAGGCUAGGAUUGAUAUGAUUGGAGCUGCUUGUGAGAGUGCCGAGAAAGUAUUGGCAGACACUCGAAAAGCCUACUGCAUUGGUACUCGGCAAGGCAUUCCGGUUGUUCCUACUCUGGACAAAGCUCAGGCAGCUAAAAUUCAAGAGCAGGAGAAUCUACUCCGGGCUGCUGUUAAUUAUGGGGACGCUUUACGGUUACCUCCAGACCAAAGGCAGAAUCCACCUGCACUUCCAAUGCAUCUGGUAGAUGUGCUCGGUGGCGGUGGUGGUGGUGAUGGUGGUGUGCAAGCAUUUCCUGAAGCGUCUGGUAUGUACUCAAAGAAUACUCCUGUAUCAUCAAGUAACUUGUCUGGCCAGAGCCCGUUGAUGCAGGUUCCCGGAUCACAACUUAUGGGAAGAUCAGCUGCAUCUCCUGGUGGCACAAGUAUUACAAACUUCGAUAACACAACAACAUCUCCAUUACCAUAUGCCAACUCUCCAAGGUCUAGUACAAACAUUAUGAAUACGCCAUCUCCUCAACAACAAAGCCAGCAACAGAAGCAGCAACAACAGCAGCAACAGCAGCAGCAGCAGCAGCAGAAGUUGAUGCAAUUACCUCCUCAACAGCAACUCCUGGCUCAGCAACAAUUUAGGCAAUCGGGAAUGCAAGGACUUGGACAAAACCCACUGCAUCAGCUGCAUGAUUUGCAGGGUCAGGCUCAGCAAAAGUUCCAGUCGUUACAUGGACAACAUCAAAUGCAAUUUUCUCCAUCAAUGGGUCACCAGCAAUUUCAGGGUAGGCAGUUGCCUUCUGGACAUGUCCCACAUGGCAUUGGUCAAAACCAACUUAACCCAGGAAGUCAAAUGAAUCGUCAUCUUAGUCAGUUUUCUGGUGCUGCUAAUAGUGCACUGUUUAAUGCUGCUCAGACAACACCAAAUCAAAUGAUACCAAACAUGUCAGCAACAAUGUCCUCACAAUCAGUUCUGCCGCGAAUGCAGUUUGAAAUGCCUGGCAACAAUCCCCAGAGAAGUCACGCUUCCCAGAUUUUGAGCGACCAAAUGUUUAAUAUGGGAGCCACAAAUACUGGUGGUAUGAUGCCUUUACAGCAGCAACAGCAACAUGGUUCACAAGGUGCAUUUGGUAACAUGGCGCAAAAUGCUCAGAAUCUACAAUCUAAUAUGGUAGCACUUCAGGGCACACCGCAGAAUCAUCCCAAUUUUAACCAACAGAGACAGCAGAACCAGCAGCAAUAGAACCAAUAUUACUUGUUUGUCAACGAAAAAUAUGAAGCUUAAUAGAUUAUUGUACCAUAUGUGGUGUUGAAAACAGUUAAAUCACUUGAUGUAUGUGCCUGGGUUAUAAUAGCUACUCUGGUAGAGCUGCAUGGGAACAUUUGAGGUAAACAUGUACAUAAUUCUGAAUUAGCUAGUGGGUAAAGCUUCUGUUUAAUUUCAA